AUGACGACCCACCACCCGGAGUCCACCGCGGACUUCGAGUUCAUUGCAACCCCGGCUGCCCCUGUGCAGACGAAGCCCGACUUCGAUUGCGGUGUUCCGACCACCUUGUACCCGGCCAUCAAGAAUGCCCCCGUCCCCGCUGACUCUCCGGGCAGUGACAGCUUCUCCAAUGGCUUGAUGAUCGCCCUUCUGAUCGUGGUGCCCUGGUACCUGGCUCGACAGGUAGGCGGAGGCUUCUACACCACCAUCUUCUUUGCCAUUUUUACCACUGUGCCUGUUCUCAUGGCUUUCUGGUCCAUCUCCUCCACCGUUUCUCCUCGCAAGACCGAGAAGGCCAAGUACCGUGGCCUCCCCGUUGAGCACUACUUGCACUUCCACAGUGAGCACGACCGUGCCACCUAUCGCGGCAAGAGCAAGAUCCCCAUGGAGGUCUUCUACGAGAAGUACUUCAACGGCGAAGUUGACUUUAAGGGUGAUGCUCUUGAGACCCUCGAGUAUCGUCACGACUGGGCGAACUUCAAGUUCACCAUGGGUCUCUUCAAGCACUUCCUGUUCGGCUUCAUCCCUGAGAUGCUGAUGCACACCCGUUCCCAGGACGAGGAGCAGGUUCGUGACCACUACGACAGAGGUGAUGACUUCUACGCCUGGUUCCUCGGCCCUCGCAUGAUCUACACCUCCGGCAUUAUCAGUGACAUCAACUCUGAAGAGACCCUCGAGCAGCUCCAGGACAACAAGUUGGCCGUCGUCUGUGAGAAGAUCGGCGCCAAGCCCGGUGACAAGAUUCUCGAUCUCGGCUGCGGCUGGGGAACUCUCGCCAAGUACGCCUCCGUUCACUACGGCGCCCACGUUACCGGUAUUACUCUCGGCCGCAACCAGACUGCAUGGGGUAACAACGGUCUUCGCAAGGCGGGCAUUGAGGAGGAGCAGUCCCGUAUUAUCUGCUGCGACUACCGUGAUGCUCCUCGUGUUGAGGGUGGCUACCAAAAGAUCACCUGUCUCGAGAUGGCCGAGCACGUUGGUGUCCGUCACUUCUCUACUUUCCUAUCCCAGGUUUAUGACAUGCUCGAGGACGAUGGUACCUUCUUCCUGCAGAUCGCUGGUCUGCGCAAGUCCUGGCAGUACGAAGAUCUCAUCUGGGGUCUUACAUCUUUCCCUGGUGCUGAUGCCUCCACCCCUCUCGGCUUCGUCGUCGACAAGCUUGAGGGCGCCGGCUUCGAGAUCAAGGCUGUUGACACUAUCGGUGUUCACUACUCCGCCACUCUUUGGCGCUGGUACCGGAACUGGAUGGGCAACAAGGACAAGGUUGAGGCCAAGUACGGCAAGCGCUGGUUCCGCAUCUGGGAGUACUUCCUGGCUGCCUCUACCAUCACUUCCCGCCAGGGUGGUGCCACCUGCUGGCAGCUUACCCUCGUCAAGAAUAUCAACUCGACCCACCGUAUCGAGGGUAUUGCCACCCAGCACGGCCUCACUGGUGCCCGCGAGGCCGCUAUCGCCCGUGCCAAUGGCACUCUUCCCAGUGCCCACAUCAUCAAGAAGGACCUCUAA